AUUACUAUGCCUCGUGCAAAACGUUUCUUUGCGCGCUCUAAACAGUCACGUACCAGCUUUUCAAAGUAACCUCGUCAAUUAGACCUCAAAAAGUCUCUUACAUAGGCCACUCGGCUCCACUAGUAAUGUAAUAUGUUUUUUUCUUCCAUGCUCACAGUUUUUGGCCAUUUCCAUGGGUCACAACACUCUACCAAUAGUGUGACGUAAACGUUGCAAAGCCCACUGCCUUUGCUGCUCCAUUUCAAUAUGUACUCUAUCCCCGUCCCUAUGCAAGAAAUAUCCCAAAUACAAUCCUUAAAACAAAUACAAUGCAUGGUUAGAUCACGCUCAGGCAAGAUACACGAUGCCGCAGACAUGUCUCCUGCGCGCCCAAUGCGAUGACCCUAUCCGAAGGUUUCUAUUUCCUAAGGAUUUCAUCGGAAAUGGCAUGAUAUUUGAACAUGCGACACCCGCUAGUCAUGUAUCUGCAGGAAGCACAGAAUCAGACCUCAGCCUCUCUCGAAUGUCCUCCCAGCGAUCAUUUAUCAAUGGCGUUCCAUCAGAUCAAUGCACAGGGAGCAGACCUUUAGUGCGAUUAGAUCCCAUAUCCCGCAAAGAAAAGAAAGUUGUACGCUUCGAAUACCUUAUGGAAAAAGUGCUAUUUCUCAGCCCAGAGUCAAAAGUGUCGCCUUUGCCAGAAGGUAUAUCCAAUCUUCUUGAAGACGACAAACAUGGUUCGUUUAGAAGGUGUACUCUUCGGGCAGGGAUAUCGUCUGGCAUCCAGCCUUCCGCCACAUCUAUUUUCCCGUCUUCGUCGACACGUGACGUGACUCCGCAUUAUUUUGCCUCUCAUUAUAAAUCACCGGCUGCUUACGUUAGUUAAUCAGUAACAUGGGUUAUGGGAAUCAGGGUAGAAAACUUCUCGCCCUUUUUGGUCUGGGCCUUGCAAGGGGAAUCUGGCCAUC